AAAAUUGAAAAUUACGAAGCUACCACGCUUGGGCUGCCCAUGGCGGCGUCAUCCGCUGCUUUGGUGUCUUAUCUCUUCGCACCCAAACCCCUCUUUCCCUCUCCUGGGAGAAAGCUGCUUCUUCGUUCUUCCGGGCGAAGACGUGCUUCUACCAUAGGCAUGGAAUUGGAGCCUGGAAAGCCAGUUUCCCAGUUCAAGGCUGUGGAUUCCCAUGUCCAUGUCUGGGCUUCACGAGAAGAGGCUUCGGAAAGAUACCCAUAUUUUCCAGGGCAUGAACCCUCGCUUCCUGGUGAUUCCGAGAUCUUGCUCAAGUGUAUGGGAGAAGCGAAUGUUGAUGGAGCGCUUAUUGUACAACCAAUAAAUCAUAUGUUUGACCAUGACCUUGUCACAAGAGCUUUGAAGAAGCAUCCAUCCAAAUUCAUUGGAUGCUGUCUUGCAAAUCCCGCAGAAGAUGGAAGCGGUAUUUUGCAAUUUGAGCAUCUUGUCUUGAAGGAAGGAUACCGUGGAGUUCGGUUCAACCCAAACAUAUGGCCCUCUGGUCAAAAGAUAACUAAUGAAAUUGGGAAAGCAUUUUUUAGCAGAGCAGGAGAACUUGGAGUGCCAGUAGGCCUUAUGUGUGCUAAGGGUAUUAGUUUCCAUUUAUCAGAAAUUGAGGAGUUAUGCUCAAAAUUUCCGUCGACUUCUGUCAUCCUUGAUCACAUGGGUUUCUGCAAGCCACCAAUAAAUGAUGAGGAAAGAAAGACUUUUUCUGGGCUGCUUAGGCUUUCAAAAUUCCCACAGGUGUAUCUGAAAUUUAGUGCAUUGUUUCGGUUGUCAAGAAAUUCAUUCCCUUAUGAUGAUACGGGUGAACUUCUUUCCCAAGCAAUCUCCAGCUAUGGAUCCAACCGCAUCAUGUGGGGAAGUGACUUAAACUUUGUGAAUCUUAAUGAAUUUCAUGUGCAAUUCUUGAAUGUUUCACAUCAUAGUCAGAUUGCACUGUCAUCAUUGGAUUUGGAGUGGAUAAUGGGCAGAACUGCGGCACAUCUUUUUCAGCAUUCAUGGUGCGGGGGUUUACCCCCUACUUGGGUUCGGGUGCUUGUACACAAAUUUUUUUUUUUUUCGUACAAUGCCCUGGCGCUGUGUACCCGAGCGCCCUGGCUCUAUGUACCCAAGCUCCCCAACAUUGAGUACCCGAGCCCCCCGGUGAUGUGUUCCCGAGUUGCCCAGCACUGAACGAUAGAGAGCAGAGCGCCGAAGCAGCAUAGAUACGACACUGCAGCGGAUCAAGAUAGAGGGUCAAGCUCCGCAGCGCUGCGGGAUGAAUUGGACAAUUUUCUUUCUUGUUUUUUCUGAAGGGUUGCGUCCCUUGGGGUUAUUUACUUCGUUUUCUCUAGUAUUUUGAGUGUUAGAUAUUGAAGAACGUGCAUAUGAGAAGAGAAGAAAAGGAUAGAGUGAGAGAGAAGAGAGAUCUAUACUUAUUUUUCUUAAUUUUUAUAAUGGAUUUCUGGUUGUAAAGUGGCUUAGGGAUUUUUUUA